AUGCAGUCUGAAUCUUCACGCACCGCUGGUCAGUCCGCGACACGAUUUGGUCGGAAAUAUGGCCCGAAGUUCAACGCAUUUGACAAAAAGUCCAAUAUCAGCAUGUGCUCCCAAGAGCUAGGGCCCGUUCAUAUCGAUUGUCGCUUUCGUCAUUCAAAGACACAACUGGGCGUAUUACACUCGCCAGAUAAUCGUGCCGGUAUUCUUUACAUAGAUAUUGCCUUCUCUCAACCGAAUGACUGCUGUUUACGAAGUGCAGUUGUGUGGAUAACUUUAGAGCAAUACAAGAGCGGUUCGCAAUCGACACUACGAGCGACAGGAAGAGCUCCGCUCUCGCGCUCUCACAAAGCCGGGUCCAAAAAGCCAUACCCGGCGAUUGACAUUGAACCGGCAGUUGAAAUCGAUUCAGAUGUUCCCAAAAAUCUCCAAUUCACCCACUAUUUUGGUCCUAAGCAACUUGAAGGAAAGCCUACACAGAUGCUAACUAAACACACAAUGCAUCUAACCCCCGAGUUCAAUGUGCUUGGCAAUGGUGGUGGCGGACUAGGGUAUGAGCGAGAACGCUCUGUCAUGUCAUCCAGUCGGUGGAUAUUUACAGGCCACAUAUUACCUGGAUCUCGAUCUGCUGAAGACCGUCGGCAUGAGAACAAUUUUCAUAGUAUGACAUAUCGAACACUUAAAUGGGAGCUAUCGGAAGAUGAGCUGCAACCUCAACCAACACACAGUAGUGUCAUUCAAACUGCCUGUGCUUUAGAACACGACGAUAGGCCGUUUUUUAUUCGAGUUGAGAUCGAGGGAAAGCUGCGAAAACGUUCCGCGCAGCUGAAGAGUAAUGUGAAACAACUAUUCAAAUUCCCCUCUGAGGUCAGCAGAGACGAUUCUCGUUCGAGCAUAUUAGUCCUUCCCGACAAAAAUGAGAGACCAACGAAACGGCUAGAUAAUAUUGCAGAGGGGCUUCAUCUAGAUAUGGAGAGGUUGAAUAUGGAAGGAUUGGGGGUCCAAAUGCCCGGUUCACUUCCGGUUUCUUUUCAAUCCAGCUCUGAAGUCCCUCCAAAAUGUGAUUUUACUCCAACGAAUAAAGGCCAAGAAAAACUUGAAACAUCUACAACACAAGAAAAACAGCCAGAACAUCUUCUGGGCUUUGAAGCGCUGAAGACUAUUUCUUCCCAGAUAAACCCCGAGCCGUUUCCGUCUAUACGAGAGUCUGAGGUCAAGAUUCCGGCUACGCCGGGAGACCAUAUCUACGACCUGGUCAGUGCACAGCGUUUGCAUAGUGACAUCCAAUCACACCUCGCUCGGAACAGACAGCAACGGUGUAAGGGAAGCCUGGAUAAUCCACUCAGCACCCGCGAAGAAACAUCGAAAUCGGCAGAUAUACAGUUGCAAAGCCUCAAAUCUGCCGAAUCAGAGGAGCUAGCUGCUGCACUUGCAGAUAUGCCCAUGAUUUUAACCCUCUGUCAAUGGAUGAUAUAUAUCAAUCAGCUAAUGACUUUACUAUUCUUGGCAUCCCCUGCGAGAAUACUAGGGAAGAAGCCUAAAAGCAAAUAA